AUGGGGCUGAUGGAUCAGGGUUACGAGUGGUCUAUCUCCCUUCUUCCCCAGUGGGCCAUGGUUAUCGCGCGGAGUCUCAAGGACGCGGCGCGGCUAGGGAGCACGACGACCUCUCUGCUGCUGAGGAGGAGCGAGGACCUGGUAUGCCACAACCUCAUGUGCGCCAAGAUAGGCGAGGCCUGCGUCUGUCGGCUGGCCGUCCACUUGUCCCGGCUGGGGAAGCUGAGGGAGCUCGACGUUGCCGAGAACGACCUCGGCGUCCUGCCGGAACCAGUGUUCGAGUUGCCGGCCUUGGAGCAUCUGGACGUCAGUGGGAACGGUCUCAAGGACCUGCCGGCGAGCGUGGCCGCUCUCUCCAGCCUUCGUACUCUUCGGCUGUCGGACAACGCUCUCACGGCCCUGCCGAAAGAGCUGGCCUUGCUCCCGUUGCUGACAGAAGUGCACAUCGACGGCAACAACGGGCUAGGCAGCAGCGACAGAGUGGUCGAGGCGUUGCGGCACAGACCGCAGACGACCAUCGUUUUCGGCGACGCAGGAGAUGACUCUCGAAGACGUCAAGAGGAUGCUUCGGCCUCCUCGACGUAUAGAUAGCGGCGGCCCCCGACACGAGAAAUUUCAGUGUCCCGACAAAGUGCAAUGGUUUGUGGUUUUGGUUACGGGUUGAUACGAGGAAGCCUUUCCAUCGCUUUAGAUUCCCGGUACUAGCCUCCGGUGAUUCGUUCUUCCCGAUUUUUACAAGUUUGA